AGAGCCCCAAGCGCAUCUUCCUGGACCUCAUCACUUCCAUUCCCGACAGACAAGCUCUCGGAUCCAGCCAUGUCCAAGCCCCAACCGCAACCCCUCAUCCAGCUUCCUGCGCUAUUCUCUACCGUCGAACCAGGCGUCUUUCGCUCCGCCUCUCCGAAUCCCGCGCAAGUUCCAUUUCUCGCCAGCUUGGGACUCAAGACGGUAGUCAGCUUGACGGCCGAGCACCCUAUAAAGCCUUUGCUGCAGUUCGUGAGGGAUAAUGGGGUCGAUUUUGUUCAUCUCGGAUUGACUCAAUGGCGAAGACCGGGGACAGAUUGGAAGCCUGUCAGAUACGAAAUCAUAAAGACUGCUCUCGAAUCUUAUGUUCUGGAUGUUCGUGCACACCCUGUGCUCAUCAUUGACCCUCUGGGCGUACAUCAGACCGGGUGUCUCGUGGGUAGUCUGAGGAUGAUGCAAGGCUGGAAUUUUGCAAGCGCUCUUGUCGAAUAUCGAGCCCAUGCUGGCAGCAAACACCGAUACGUGGACGAACAGUAUAUCGAACUGUUUGAUCCAGACCUCAUAAACCUCCCCCAGCCGCAAUAUCGUCCUUCUUGGUGGUCAUCUCUAUAUGACCAGCAUCCUGAGACUGUCAACCUUUGGGCGUCAAAGCCCGAGUUGUACCAGAAGCCGGAGGGGCAGAAACAAAUAGAGGAGCAAGGGGGGAGCUCUGAGGAGGUGGCAGAGACAAUGCCGCAGGUGGCAGUCAACGGAUGAUCCGAAACAGACGGCAUGCUAGCGAGGGGCACGACGGGUACAGAGGACGACUGUCAACAACCUCUGCCACAAAGGCAGCCUCCACUCUAUUGAUCCUUCGCCUCUCCUUACCCUUCACAAUCGCGAUACAUCACCGCUCUAUCACAGAGUCUAAUGGCAGGCGUCAGGUAUACAAUGGAGAGCGAAGGCGACGAGCAGGUGGCAUGUGCGGCAGCGUUGCUCCAGAUGAUGUCUACGAGAUGUCAAGCUGAAGCAGGGGGUGCUUUGGCCGAUGACAUCCGCUCUUUUUGCUACAUUCGGGAACAUGCAUGAUCACCCUUACCAGACGAUCUUUCAGAACCGUUCUGAAGUCUUUUGGGCCUGUUUAGAAUACGGAAG